GUCCGACCAGUUUUAACCCCCUCAAACUUGUAAAUGGAUUGAACUGGCCGGUGCAAUUUAAUUUCACACGAUGUGAUAUGUAUCUUAAAAAGUCACAAAUUCACCCACCAAAACACUGUCACACACUCGAACUCAAAAAAGAGUCAAACACUCAUUCAUUCACAUGGCGGGAUCUCAAGCGUCACAUCCUCAUCCCUACGUUCCACGAGACUUGCAUCUUCCUGGCUACGUUCCAUGCUUCCUCUCUCAAUCCAACAUUCUCUCCGUCUUUGCAUCCUUCACUGUCAUCCUCUUUUCUCUCACAUGGAUCUUCUCAGGACGCCUCAAGAAAACAAAAGUCGAUAGGCUGCUAAUUUUCUGGUGGGCAUUCACUGGUCUCACACACAUAGUUCUUGAGGGUUAUUUUGUCUUCGCACCAGAGUUUUUCAAGGAUAACACCGGAUUCUACCUUGCUGAAGUUUGGAAGGAAUAUAGCAAAGGAGAUUCAAGGUAUGUAGGAAGGGAUGCAGGAGUAGUAACGGUUGAAGGACUAACAGCAGUUUUGGAGGGUCCAGCUAGUCUUCUGGCUGUAUACGCAAUAACUACCGGUAAAUCAUACAGCUACAUACUUCAAUUUGCGAUUUCUUUGGGUCAGCUAUAUGGAACUGCUGUAUAUUACAUAACAGCAAUUUUGGAAGGCGAUAAUUUUUCUACAAAUUCAUUUUACUACUAUGCAUACUACAUUGGAGCAAAUUUCUCUUGGAUUGUAAUACCCUCGAUCAUUUCCAUCCGCUGCUGGAGGAAGAUUUCUGCUGCGUUUCAAGUUCAAAGCCAGACAAAAAAGCAUAAAAGUCGUUGAUGCUGACUUGCUGAUGAUCUUGGAACAAAGAAUAAUGAAAACUAUGAUGGCUGAGACGAAAGAGAAUGUUAAGAAUUGUAUCAAUUGAUUUUCAUUGAAUUGCAUAUCUUCAAAAUAUCAAUUUAGACUUUUAACUUUUAGACCAUUCUCAUUACUUAUGGUUCAAUCACUCGUAACACGCUUAUACGAUUUUGUAUGUGCAGCUUAUAAAUGAGGGGCAGAAGAGGGUUGUGAUAACAGACAGGAUGUGGGCAAGGUUACUGUCCUCCACCCAUCAGCCCAGUUUUGUGAAUCCUCUACAUAUCACAGAAGAAGCAAAAGCAGAAUGAACAGAACACAUCAGAAGUAGAAGAAAGUGUGCUAAGUCAUAGUUAUAAAUUAUAAUAAUGCCUUUAAAAUUGGCGAGUUACUUCAGCAAAUUUAAUGCUUGUAACAACAAAUUACAUAAUUGACACAAGACAAACAAAACUAUAUCUAUAUUUACAAACUUCUGAAAGUGUCAAAUUGUACAUCUUACAAAACAAAGAGAUCUGCACAAUUUUAGCAGCUUGUUUUAAUUGUAUUUAUCUACUGAAUACUACAUUAAUAAACUCCUUCAGAUUCUUGCA